AUAUCCAUCACGUAAAUAUAAGUUGCUCUCUUUGGCUCCAAUAUUUGCAGUCUUGCCUGCCAAAUGUGAAUUAUAUAGAAAGAAUUCUCUCUUAAAAAAAUAAAAAAUAAAAAAGACCAAAAAGAAAAAAACAGAAUGCGCUCUUCGUGCAAGAUUGUUGUUGUGGUGAUUGGCCUCUUAGUAAGCUCUCUUCAUGUUCUUGUCGAAGCACAACUCACUCUCCCUCACCAGCAUCCAAACCCGGAAGCUGUUGUUCAAGAAGUUCGAAGGAGAGUGAACGAAUCGAUUAGUAGAAGGCAACUCCUCGGAUUGCAAGAAAAGGACCAAUGUGGGACCGGUAACCCAAUUGACGACUGCUGGCACUGCAACCCGAACUGGAGAAACGAUCCCCAGAUACUGGCUGAUUGUGCAAUCGGGUUCGGACACGAUGCUUUGGGCGGGAAGGGAGGCAGGAUAUAUUAUGUGACCGACCCCUCUGACAACGACCCUGUCAACCCUGCCCCGGGCACUCUCCGCUAUGGCGUGAUCCAGAGCGAACCCCUCUGGAUCCUCUUCUCGGGUAACAUGGUUAUCAAUCUUAAGUAUGAGCUAUUAGUCAGUAGCUUCAAGACCAUUGAUGGACGGGGACCGAGGGUGGAGAUAACAGGCAAAGGUUGCGUGAUCCUCGACUCUGUAUCAAACGUCAUAAUCCACAACAUCCACAUCCAUCACUGCAAGCCCUCUGGCAAUGCCAAGAUACGAACUAGUCCUGUUCAGAUAUCGGAGAGGGGCCAAUCGGACGGCGAUGGGAUAUCUGUCUAUGCUUCAUCAAAGAUCUGGAUCGAUCACUGCUCCCUGUCCUACUGCACAGAUGGCCUGAUUGAUGUUACCCGGGGGUCCACCGCCGUCACCAUAUCCAACAGCUUCUUCUCGCACCAUGAGAAGGUCAUGUUGCUAGGACAUAGUGACGAUUUCACAGCAGACUCAGGAAUGCAGGUCACCGUGGCAUUCAACCACUUUGGUGAAGACCUGGUCGAGAGGAUGCCGCGUUGUAGGCAUGGUUACUUUCAUGUUGUGAACAAUGACUACACCCAGUGGGGGAUGUACGCUGUUGGAGGAAGCGCUGCCCCGAUAAUAAACAGCCAGGGGAACCGGUACAUCGCGCCUCAAAAUGGCAACAAUAAGGAGGUUACCAAGAGGAUGGACACGGAUGAGAGCGAGUGGAGGAGAUGGAACUGGAGAUCCGAGGGAGACCUGAUGGUGAACGGUGCGUUCUUCGUCCCCUCUGGUGUCGAACUAAGUCCCCAGUUCACGGAGGCCACCAGUAUGGCUCCCUUUGCAGCCAAUGUCAUCGAGCAGCUGACCAUGAAUGUCGGUGUCACGGGUCUCCCUAGCAACGUCAAUCCUGGGAACGGCAUGCCUUCCAACCCCGGAGGAACCAGCCCAGGCGAGACCCCUCCCAGCCCAGGGUUAGUCGUCGGUGGCACGCCUCCCGUCACAGGAUACAGUCCUCCCAUCAUGGGCUACGGUGGGGGUGGGACCUAUGGCUAUUACCCAUGGGGCAACGGCGGCAACUAUGGCCCUCGGACGAGCAAUGCACCAAAAUCAACCUCAAUAGUUCUGAUCAUUCUAGUCGUCUCAACUUUGUACAGUGCAUUUAUCUUACUUUGAUGCCAAUAGCUUCAGUUUAGGGUCGUCAUAGGCGCAUUCUUACAUCUCCGUAAGUUUCUACCAAAGCCCCCUAAAGUCGGGAGGGGUUCAUUCUAUAGUCAAGAGGAGUUCGUUCUAUUUA